AUGAAUUAAUAAAAUAACACAUAGAUUUCCAACUUAGAAUUAUUUAAAGGAACUAUUAGUGCAAGCAAAGAAUUCUAUUUAGAGAAUAUAAGUAGAAAUAGUGAAAAUUACCCAAGCGCUCACAUUACUUUAAAUGAUUUAGAAAAGAAUGAAAGAAAGAAAAAAUACAAAGAAGCCGUCAAGAAUAUAAAAAAAGAACUGGAUACCUUACUCAAAGAGAACACAGAAUUAUAUAGAUAACAUAAUUCAAAAGAAUUCUACAUUAAAAAAAGUGAAUAGCUAUAAGAAUAUAUUUAUUGCUAGGAAGAUAUGAUCAAAUAAAUUAAUAAAUUAGAUAAAUAAGAAGAAAAUAUUAUUCAAAAAUGUGAAGAUAUAAAUGAAAACUUACAACUAAUUGACAGCAUAAAUAACAUAACCAAAGAACAAUAAAAUUUAAAAGGAGUAUUGAAUUAAAUUUAAAGAGAAAGUGAGAAAUCUCUUUAUCUUUUGAAUAAAGAAAAAAAUUGA